CUUGCCUGCUCUGCCUCCCCCACAUACUUGGCCACAAACUCUAGCCAGAUAGCCAAGCGCUUUACACACGUCGAGGUCGCGGCGCUCGAGGUGGAGGUGGACGGGUUGCUGGGAAGCAUGGCUGGUGUGGCCGAGCCGAGGCACAAGCAAGAGGAGGCGGAGGUCUGGCCUCACGACGAGGGCUGCACCGUGGAGAAGCCACCGUGCGGAAAGCGCAAGAAGCGGCGGCGGCGACGAUACAGGGUCUUCUACACCCACGAUGACAAGUACCUCGGGCAGGUCGAGGCGCCAUCGCGUGGGAGUGGGCCGCCUGCGCCGACCGCCGGCAAGGUCCGCAGCGGGCACGCGGUGCGGUACGUGGCACGAUCGGGAUCGGGAUCAGACGGCGCGUCGUCACCAGCCUCAGAGACAAACUUGGCAACGACAGUGUCGCGGCGGUCGUGGACGGCGACCGAGAGCGUACAGCUGUCGGGUCUGGCCACGCCUGCGGACGAUGCGCCGCCGACAACGAUGCCAGCGACGAGGCCGGGCCUGGGCACGGCCGGCCUGGCAAAUACCGUGCCACUCCCGACAACAGCGCCGUUGUGGUUCGCGCACCUUGGCGGUGUCGACUACGGAGGGCCGGGGCGCGGACGGGUCCGCCGCAUGCUCCGCGGCCUCUCGCUCGAGAUCGAGAGCCUGGCCAAGAUGCUUGCACCGACACCGGCCGAGCUCGAGCUGCGGUCGCGGCUGGUCGAGAGCGUGCGGGCGGCAGCAGGCGCGAUGUGGCCGGGCGCCGCUGUGCACUUGGUCGGCUCGUCGGCGACAUCCAUGUUCCUGCCAGACUCGGACCUCGACCUGGUAGUGGUCGGCGUGAGCAGCGACGGGCUCGGGCGGCUGUACCACAUGGCGGAUGCGCUGCGAGCGGUGCCCGGUGUGGUGGAAGUCGAGGUGCUGUCGGCGGCGACAGUACCGGUGGUCAAGGCCUCGCUCGCGUACGGCUUUGGCAUCGACGUUGUAUUUGACAUCACCACCGGGGUCGAGACGGUAGCGCGGAUGGGCCCGCUUCUGGCAGCGUAUCCGCUGGUGCGGCCGCUUGCGCUUGUUCUCAAGCACAUGCUGCGGACACACCGCCUCAACUCGGCGUACUCGGGCGGGCUCUGCUCCCAUGGUCUCGUCCUUCUCCUCAUCUCAAUGUUGCAGUUUAUGGGCCAAGUCUCGCCAAAGCACGUCUUUCACUCGUGCACGCCACCAUCGCCGCUACCAGCGGUGGUCACGCCACCGACGACAGCCGCGUCGCUUCCGGACGACCAGGCUCUCGGUUUUUGCUUCAUCCACUUUCUGCGGCUGUACGGGACCGAGUUUGUUUACGACUACCGCAUUUCAGUGGCCGACGGUGGUGUCCUCAGCCUCUGCGCCGAGCCCGACGGCCCGUCGGCGGCCGAGGCCGACGGCCCGCGGAUCCAGCUCCGGUUGGAGGAUCCGGUCUCUGGCGGCGACGUCGGUGCCGGUGCCUUUAUGUACGAUGUGGUUCGCUCGCUCUUCCAGGCCAAGUACUACGCCAUGGCCCACGCCGUCCGCUCCUCGUCGCUCACCUCGCUCCUCGCGCUCGUCAUCGACCCGUCCGAAUUUGCAGUCUACGCACGCUGGCGCCACUCGGUCCUCUAUCCUACCUCGCCUCCCGAUGCUGCCCCACCCGUGUCGCCGAUGGCUGACCACACCGCUGCCACGACCCGCCCCCGCUCCAAGUCAAGCCGCUCCAGAGGCGGCCGCCGGCACCGAAACCGCAAUCGGAAUCGGGCCCAGAGGCCGAGCCAGGACGUCGACCAAGGCAUUUGAGGAGGCCAACAAACACACACAUACACACACACACACGCAUG